AUGGUGCGGGCUUUGCAACGCUCACCGCUGCCAAUCCUCAACCAGAUCCAGUCGUCCAAGAGCCUCAAUGCUCGGGAUGUCGACCCUGAAGACCUCUACCCAGCAUACAAUCUGUCCACUCCAAUUGACCAUUUCCACAAUGACUCGACGUAUGAGCCGCACUCGAACGGCUCAUUCAACCUGCGAUACUGGUUUGACGCUCAAUAUUACAAACCAGGCGGUCCCGUCAUUGUGCUUUCGGCUGGCGAAACUUCUGGAGUUGGCCGUCUCCCCUUCCUGCAGAAGGGGAUUGUCGCUCAGCUGGCUCAGGCAACAAACGGGCUCGGUGUCAUUCUCGAGCACCGCUACUACGGCACUAGCUUCCCUGUCCCAGACCUGACGACGGAAAACAUGCGCUUCUUAACCACGGACCAGGCCUUGGCCGAUACCGCGUACUUCGCCCAGCAUGUCAAGUUUGCCGGCUUGGAGGAUAUCGAUCUCACCUCCGCCACCACCGCCUACAUCGCUUACGGUGGUUCCUACGCCGGUGCUUUUGUCGCUUUCUUGAGGAAGCUGUACCCGGAUGUUUACUGGGGUGCAAUCUCAUCUUCCGGAGUCACCGAGGCCAUCUACGACUAUUGGCAAUACUUUGACGCCGCCCGCAUCUACGGCCCUCCGGCCUGCGUGGAAACGACUCAGAAGUUGACAAAUGUCGUGGACAACAUCCUCAUUGGCAAAAAUGACACUAAAUAUCCCGAGCAGCUCAAGGCGGCCUUCGGAUUGCCCAACGUCACGCACACGGGAGACUUUGCCGGCGCCAUCAAUUGGGGUAUUUACGGGCUCCAGAGUCUCAAUUGGGAUCCGGCGGAGAGCAGCAACUCGUUCUUUGAGUACUGCGAUAUUGUUUCAAAUGACACUUUGGUAUAUAAUAGCACGGAAUCACUUACCGGCCAGGUGCAAGAAUUCAUCUCGGUAGGAGGGUGGGGCAACGAGUCAGACGUGUUGACAACCCGUAUGUUGAACUAUAUCGGCUAUGUUCGUUCCACUGCGGUUGCCCGCUGCGACUCUGCAGAUCAGGAUGAGUGCUUUGGCACCGUGGAUGCAUCAUACUACGACGAGUUUGACAUCUCACAAACGUGGAGGGCAUGGCCUUAUCAAUACUGCACACAAUGGGGUUAUCUCCAAUCCGGCAGCGGCGUGCCUGACGACCAGCUCCCGCUCAUCUCACGCACCAUCGACAUCACCUACUCCUCAACAAUCUGCCGCCAAGCAUUCAACAUCACCAAGCCCUCCAACGUGGAAGCUAUCAACAAGUACGGCGGCUUCGGCAUCAGCUACCCGCGUCUAGCCAUCAUCGACGGCGAAUGGGACCCCUGGCGAGCUGCGACGCCUCACGCCAUCGGCCAACCUGAGCGCGUGAGCACGGUGGACGAGCCGUUCUUGUUGAUUGACAAGGCGGUGCACCACUGGGAUGAGAAUGGGCUGUUCCCUAAUCAGACGACGCCGGAGCUACCGCCGCCAGCGGUGGUGGAGGCGCAGGAGGCGAUAAGGGAAUUUGUCAAGGCGUGGUUGCAGGACUGGAAGGAUGAGGGUACGGAUUAUGAGGUUUGA